CUCGUGUCCAAUACGAACAGCUCGUGCGCAGGGCGCAGAAUGAAAGCGGACCGAGUUCGUGUUAGUAAAUACAAGCAGAGUGGAGACAGAAUAAACGAGCGCUGACACAAAAAGCGGAAUAAAAACAGCACUGACACACAAAUUCAAGCACUGGCGGGCGGUUUUGCUGACUCCGCCGAUGGAUGAUGAAGAGGACGAACAGCUUCCUCACUGCUGUGAAACACCGCUAAGAAACAAGAGCUCAGAGAACAGAGACGGGAGAAGUGGAGAGGUGGGAAAAACAGCUAACAGACACGGACGCUUUAAAGACAGAUCAACACAGACUGCCAGCUCUGUGCUGAAUUCAGCGAGAGACGGAGAUAUGGCACCAUUCCAGGGUUUAGAGAGAGAUGCAUCACCUCCCUGCAGAUCUGUGGAUGCCAGGACAGCAUUUGGUGCUAACUGUGGAACCGGGGGCCUAGCGUCACUUACUAUUGCCCCUGGGGCCCCAGAAGGGCCAAGAGCACUUUUUCAUGGAAAUGCUGGAUUUCGUGCACACUUCCCCGCACUGUUUGAACCCGUCCUGGAUGGCACACAAAACGCAGAAGAGGACGAAGGGAGACCAGAAGAAAAGGAAGAGGAACGUGACAUGGGAAUUAGUGUGGAGAUUCAGAUUGGACGUAAACUGCGUGAAAUGGGGGAUCAGUUUCAGCAGGAUCAUCUUCAGCUGUUCACUCAAAGGGGCCAGAUGGGUUUAUUCCAGCUAGUGACGACGCUCUACAACUUCCUUUUUCCUCAUGAAACACCCCAAAAUGCAAGAGCCCAGAGAUGAGAGGCCAUGGCACACCCAUUCAGGACCAAAAUGAGUUCUACACAGCACUGUAAGAUUGGCGCAGAUCUGGAUUUACCUGGCUCAAAAAGAAGGUUGCCGCUGGUCAGAGACUUCCCUCCUUUUUCUGAAGAAGACAUUCUCAAAAUGGAGCGUUGGAGGAAAUUUUCUGCAGGUUGCAUAUCAAUAUGAAGAUAUUUAUAUUCUGCCUUAUGUUUCCCCAACACGUUCACAUGUGAGUGGAUCUUAGCGCCUUAAUAAAACCCUCAGAAGAAGAAAGAACUGCUUUAAUUGGCAACACGCUGUGAGAGUACUCGAGGUCAACAGCAUUUGAGUAUUUGUGCUGACUUUAAUACACCUACUGAACUCUGAUGCAUCCCAGAACGGAUGCAUUAUGCUUGAUUCACUGCUUUUAACAGUGUUAUUGGGACAGAGUUGAAGGACAGAACGGACGUGACGUAACAAGCCAGAGGCCAUUAUAUUGCUUCUUAAAGGACCAACACAGAACUGAAAACAAUUUGGUCAAAUGCAGAAAAACAACUUGAACAUCAGGUUUUAAUACCUGUAUAUCAAUAAUGAGCCAUUUCUGAGAACAAGGAGACAAAUAUGAAUUUUAUGAUUUUAAAAGGGUCAUGUUUUCUCAUUAAGGGGAGAAUGUGCCAUAAAAUUAUUCAAUUUACAACAAUUUUACCUUUCUGAAAUAUUAGUUUGCCUUAAUGAUUUCUACUGUCAUGUAUCACUGGCAUUACAUCAUGAGAUGAUUUCUCUGAAGUAUUACUUGAGAUAUCAGUGUUUAAAGCAUCUCUUUACUAAUUGAUGACAUUCAAAAAUCUAAAUGUGCUCAAAGAGCAAUACACCAAAUCAUAUUUUACAGUCCAACUCAAGCGAUAAAUGCAAUCAGUAAUAUCUAAUCGAAUAGUUACCAUAUAAGACCCUAUUAAAGUUAUAGUAAGAGUUGUAUUGGUAUAUGUGUCAAUCAAGUUAUUAUAAAGAGGUUUAUAUUACUGUAAAUGUCUUGAGAGGGAAAGUGUCCUCUGGAUAACUUAAAUAUGCUUUAAUUAAAGGGGUAGUUCCCCCAGAAAUGAAUAUUAUGUAACUUUUACUCACCCUCAUGACAUUCCAAAUAUUCUUGUAUUAUUUUCUUUUUUUUGUGCAAAAAAGUUCUUGGUUUUCGUCAGGGUAGCGCCAUGUUUAAUUUUGGCGGGAAUGAAAACAGCGUGAGGGACAGAAAGUAGUGACGAAAAAAAGACAAUGAGUUUUGAAAAUUACAUUGAUUUAGGACUUUUAAUAGCAAACUUACAUGCAAUCUAAAAAAAAAAAAGGAUUUUAGUUUUCAUUCGCGCUACAUUCUAAAUGGCGUCUGUCCAAGUUUUAAACGAUGACGUAAUUUUUAUUUUUUGUGAACUGUCCCUUUAAGAAUGAGGACGAUAAUAAACUCAGAUGUAGAUUUCUAUUGGAGCAUCACGUGACUCGCUAAUAAUCCGGCGCUGAUAUGAAUUUUUAAUAGUUUGUAUAUGAUACGCGAUAAAGCGGGGUAAUUUAUUUUCCACAUUUAUAUUUGUAAACUCAUAUUGUAAAGUGAAAUCAAUAUAAAUAUGAGAUUAAUAAUUUAUCUAAAAUAGAUAUCGUUCCAUGCUUUUUUUGUGGUACAAUCUACUGAGGUGCCUGUACUUUUGCGGUUUACAAUUUUACCUGGUUUGCUUGUGCAUUAUCGAUAGUUUAGUCAGUAUAGUGUUAGAGACCAUGAAGACGGUGUGAAUAUAACACAGACUGUCAGAGUCCACAAAAUCCACAUAAUUCCUUUGCAAUUAUUCCGAUUUCUGACCAUUUUCCACAAGACUUUCCACGGAGGUGAUGUUCCAGUGCUGUGAUGUGUUCUGACAGGUGUGCCUCAAAUGCUUGUGUAUUGGGAACGAUGACACUUGCAGACAAUCAAACAGCUGAAGGUGCCUUAGAACAGCAGGCCAAACGAUGAAGGUUUGAUAUCAUCAUCAUCACGAGCACCCAAACAUGUGGAUUAUAGAUCACAAACGAACAAGUAUGGCAGCCGGGUGAAUAAAUGCCUCCAUCUGAAGAACAGGGAGCUCAGGCAGACUCUCAGAGAGAAUCUGAAGUGAUGAUUUGCAGGAACAGGCUGCUGCUGCUGCUGCCUCAUUCAUCUGAAAUGCCCUUUCAAAUGCACUUGUCUCAGAAAGUUGUCAGAGGAGUGAAAAUGUCAAGCUGUUUUUAACUUUGUUUGGAAUGUGUACGGGACUUUACUGCUGGUUUCAAUUUUGCUACUUAAAAUUAUUAUACAGUUCGAUAAAUAUAUUGAAUGCUGUUAUAAUAUUGUGAAACAAGAUGUCUUUUUUUACGUAUAUCAUAAAUGCUGUCAUUUAAACGCUGACACUUUUUCUGCAAUGUUCACCGCAUUAAAAUAUUUAUGGAUACUCA